AUGGACCCUUUGGACAAAAUUAAAGUCCUUCUGAAAAAAUGGGAGACUUCUUUUUUUCAGGAGCAGCAGAGGAAGCCCAGCAAGACAGAUGUUCUGGAUGCUCCUGAAAAAAUAAAAAAACUGUACAGAGAGUACAAAGCUCUAAAAGAAUCCAAGGGGCAUCAUGAUCGCCCUGAAUCUGCCAUGACCUGCCAGCAAGAAAAUCAGGAACUUGUACUACCAGAAAAGGCAUCUGAUUUUGGUUCCUGGGGAUCACACCUGAAUCGAGGGCAGAAGAUUUCUAAAGUGACCCAGCAGAAUCCAGAAGCCUUGCAGGCCUCAGCUCAGCAUUUCGGGAUGAAGCUGAAAUGCAACUUAGGUGCAAAAAUUAAGGAAUGUCCUAUAACUUUAAGGAGAUCCCUCACUCCGAAAAGCAAACCAGUUCAAUUAGCACAGAAGGAUGGAGCUCAGAUUGAAAAAGUUGCGUCUUUCCCAUCGCCUGAAAUUCCUUCAUUAAAAACUAAUCCCAGUGAUUUGCCUGGUUCUAAUGCCAAGGAAGUUACAGCUCUCCUUCCUACUUCAUUUCCAAACCUGGCUGGCACUCAGUUCCGUUUUCCUGGUCCGAAACCGAGGCUGCCAUCAUCGGAUCGGUUUCAGUGGCAAAAGCAGACAGUAACGAAACGAUUGAGCAGUUUGGAUGCUGGGUGGCUAGACAGGUGCCAAGGGACAAAAUUGGAAACCAGAGAGGAACAAAAUGAAGACUAUAGUUUAAAUGUAGCUAAUGGGGCAGGGCCAUGCCCAGGAUUGCCAGAAAGCAUUUCCGUCCAAGCACAGACCCCGUUUUUCCAACCUGGGAAAAGAAAAUGGGAGAAAGAUGGCCAAUCUCCCCAGGAAAAUUGUCAGCAGGACAUGUUAGAGAGCCAGCCCGUGGUCCAGAGCCCAGAAGGCCUGAGUACACGGAGCACAGGGGAUAAUCCAGAGACAGACAAAGAAAGGGUAAGCGUAGCAUCCAGUGAAACCAGUGCUGAAAUUCUCACCACUGAGCAGAUGCAGAACUUGGAGACUGGCAGAAAAGAUGGCAGCCUUCGGCUGAGGGGUGCUUUAUGUGAUGGGCAGAAUGGACAGAUUCCCCCCACCAAGAAAGGGAAAAUGCCAAGCAAGAAAAGGCGUCUGGAUCCUGCAGCUGACGAUGAAGUUACUCCAGGCGUUUCUAAACCUGGCGUUUGUACAAAGCGCCAAAGGACUAAGGAGCUGGUUGGGGACAGCCACGUCAAAAAACUGCAUCCUGCCAGUCAAAAGCCACGAAAGGAUGAAUACGACUUUGACCAAGACGCUGCCAAAGUGCAAGAGGAGGAGAAGGAGAGGGUUCCACUUCUUUCUGAAAAUAUACUUGGGGACCUGGUUGAGGAAAAUCGUCCUAAGAGGAGUGGGAAGCCCAGCAUGCCAAGCUGCAGGCUGCCACCAAAGAAAUGUGGCAAUUUUGUCCGUCUCAAUAUGAAAACAAAAUCCCACGUAAAGCAUUGCUCCUUGAAGGGAAAACACCUUCGCAAGCAGGUGUGGAAGCAGAAGUGGCAGAAAAAGGGGCAGCAGUUUGGUGGAGGUGGCAGGCUCAUGGACCGAAGUUCUGACACUUGCUUCAAAUGUGGGGGACGCGGCCAUUGGUCUUCCCAGUGCAAAGGUGAAGAUCAACGGCCUGCUACCAGUGCCCAGCUGGAGGACAAGAGCGGUGCUGCUGAAGAGGAAGUACCUUUGCUGACUCUGGAGGAAGUGGCUCAGAUGACCAAUACGACUUACACGAAAAUUUCAACAAAGAGUGAGAACAGCCAAGAAACCCCGGAGAGGUCCGCUCAGGAAGAAAGUUACCUGCAAAUAGGAAGGCCCGCACCUGAAACGUUCACUCCACCUGCACCGAUAGAGCCUUUCUACAAACUGGGGCCAGAUAAGAAGGUGAGAGGUACACCUCCUGAAGUGUUCCAAGCACUGGCUGAGCUGGGUUAUACUUCCUUCCGGCCAGGACAGGAAACAGCAGUGAUGAGGAUACUCUCAGGGCUCUCCACCUUGGUGGUCUUGUCAACAGGAAUGGGGAAAUCUCUCUGCUACCAGCUCCCUGCCUAUCUGUACAGCAAGCGGUCCCCGUGCAUCGCUUUGGUGAUCUCUCCCUUGGUCUCGCUGAUGGACGACCAAGUCUCUGGCCUCCCUCAGGGCUUGAAAGCAGUCUGCGUCCACUCCAGCAUGUCGAAGGCUCAGCGGGAGGCUGCCAUGGAGCGGGUAAAGGCCGGGAAAGUCCAGGUGCUCCUUCUCUCCCCCGAGGCCUUGGUUGGAGGGGGACUCUCGAGCAGCAGCUGCCUCCCUCCCGCCGACCAGCUGCCCCCCGUGGCUUUUGCCUGCAUCGACGAAGUGCACUGUCUGUCCGAGUGGUCGCAUAACUUCCGCCCUUGCUACCUCCGGCUCUGUAAGGUUCUUCGAGAACGCUUGGGUGUGCGGUGUUUGUUAGGCCUGACAGCCACCGCCACCGUUUCAACAGCACAGGACGUGGCCCAUCACUUGGGCAUCCCAGAGGGCGAAGGGCUGGCUGUGCGUUCCGUUGCAGUUCCUCCAAACUUGUGUCUCUCUGUCUCUACAGAUAGAGACAAGGAUCAGGCUCUCGUAAGUUUGCUGCAAGGGGAAAGAUUUGGAAGCCUGGACUCAAUCAUCGUAUACUGCACGCGCCGGGAAGAGACAGCACGGAUUGCAGCCUUCAUCCGCACCUGUUUGCAGGGGGUGAAGCUGAGAGGCCCCCCCUGUGAAGGAGAGCCAGAAGGAGAGGUCCAUCUCCCCGGAAAAAGGAAGAAAGCCAAAGCUAAAAAGAGCAUCCGGCGCCCUCUGAAAUGGGUGGCUGAUGCCUACCACGCGGGCUUGUCCGCCCACGAACGCCGCCGUGUGCAGAACAGCUUCAUGUCUGGCCAGCUGCGAGUGGUGGUGGCCACGGUGGCCUUUGGGAUGGGCCUGGACAAGUCGGAUGUGCGCGGGGUCGUGCAUUACAACAUGCCCAAGAACUUCGAGAGCUACGUGCAGGAGAUCGGGCGGGCUGGGAGGGACGGCCAACCCGCCCAGUGUCAUCUCUUCCUCAACCCGGAGGGCGAGGAUUUGCAUGAACUGAGGCGCCAUAUUUACGCAGACAUGGUUGACCGCUUCACCAUCAAAAGGCUCGUGCAGACGGUUUUCCCACGUUGCAAAUGCCAAGAGCUUCAUCGGAAGCAGCAGGAACUCAACAAGGGCUGUGAAGUGGAGGAUGCAGAGAUGCUGACUGCCCUAGAAGGAAGCUCAGGAAAGCCCGCUGACCCAGAACAGGAAGAGCUGCGGAUAUGCUAUAAACACGAGAGAGCCAUCCCUAUUCAACAGACUGUGGAAGCGCUGGACCUCCGAGAAGAAGGCAUAGAGACGCUUCUGUGUUACCUGGAAUUACACCCCUGUCGCUGGGUGGAGCUGCUGCACCCCACUUUCUCUUCAUGCCGGAUUUCGUGCUAUAAAGGCCCUCAGCAGCUGCGGAUGGUUUCUCGAAGAUGCCCUCCGCUUGCGGUCUGCUUGGCCCAGCAGCGCCUGAAAGGGGUCAGAGCCACCCAGGACAGCUCUGUGGAGUUCGAUGUCAUUGCACUGGCCGAUUCCAUGGGCUGGGAGGUUCUGCCAGUCAAGCGCGCCCUACGACAGCUGCAGUGGAACACCUCAUGGCAGAACGGUUCCCAAGGCUCCAGGAAGAGCGAGAUCCUGGUGGAGUUCAGGGAGCUGUCUUUUCACCUGCGCUCCUACGGCGAUCUCAGUGAGGAUGAGCUGGACGGGGUGUGUGACUUCCUGCACCAGCGGGUCACGAGUCGAGAAAAGGCAGCCCUCCAGCAGCUCCAAGUCUGCUUCCAGGCUUUUCAGAGCGCGGCCUUCCCUACUUACGCCUCGUGCUGCGACCAUGCAGACCAGGAGAGGAGCAGCCAGCUGAAGUCCCUGCUGGUGGCUUAUUUUGAGAAGCAGCCAGUGCCGGAUGAACCUUCCAUGGGUGCAGAGCGUGGGGCUGAUCACCUCCAGGACGCUCAGUUUCAGCAAUGGGAACAGCAAAUCCAAGGUGACAUUCGCCACUUCCUCUCCAUCCGUCAAGACGAAAAGUUCUCUGGCAGGGCUGUGGCUAGGAUUUUCCAUGGCAUUGGGAGUCCAUGCUACCCAGCUCAGAUUUAUGGCCGAGACCGUCGCUUCUGGAGAAAGUACCUUCACUUUGACUUCCAUAAGAUUAUGCGCUUGGCUACAGGGGAGAUUGUCCGUUGGAAAUGAAUUGAGCUGGGCAGAAUCUGAAGAGGCGAAGCUCCAUCGCGCACAGCUGCUUGUUCCCUCACGGCUAUGAAAAGGAAGAUAGCCACCCUGCAAGCAUUACAUUUCCAGAAGGUCUCUGGCAGCCAGAUUUCCCCCUGGGCUAUUGUCCCAUGCUUUCUACAAAGUAGGUGGAGGAACUGAAGAAAGCUCUCUUGGCCUAAACAGAAGUCGAUCGGGUGUUCCUUUUUAAAAUAAAAUAAAAUCUUAAAUUCACUCCAAAAACAUGAAAUCCUACAUAUUUGGCAAAAUCUCAAAAGAGCUUUCCUUCACCUCAUGGCUUUCCCUUCCAGAAUUCUGGCAAUGAUGGGGUUGGACUGAGGAUUUAGGAUAAGGCGUUGAUUUAUAGUCUUCGGUAUUUUUUUGAAGAACCCAUAGUUCCUCUUUCUGAGGAGAGUUAGAAAUCUUGAUUUGCCUUCUGACAUUUGAACUGGACAAUGAGCUCACAUAUUGCUUAACUACACCAGGCAGUAUUAAGUGAAGACCUCUAAGUAAAAAGAGGAAUGUUUUUGUACUGCACUAUAGAAUUUUCCCUGGCAAAACUCAGCCUGAA